AUGGCGCCCACAUCGUACCCAAUGGCUCUGGCAGCCUUGGUGCCGCUGCCUUUCGACAUCGUCUUUACAGCGCUGCGGUUCUACAUCCGAUCGAAGAGGAACGCGUGGGGACCUGAUGACUGGGCGAUGCUGGUCAACCUUCCUUUUUGGACAGUGAGUACUGUAGCUACCAUAGCUAUGGCAUGGAGUGGCAUCGGCGCCUACGAUGCCUCACUCACCGAGUAUCAAUACUCCAACUCGCUGAUGUGGUUCUACAUCUUCCAGGAGCCAUGGUGCUUUACGUUGAUCACCAUCAAGUGCUCAAUUGGCUUCGCACUGAUCAGAAUUGCCAACGGCAAGAAGUGGAUCGAAAAGAACUGGUACACCACCAUGCCUGGUUCCUGUCAGGACCGUAGCAUUCAAACAAGCCUCUCAUACGCAGUAGCUGUUGUCUCAAUUCUCAGUGACUGGAUCUUCGCCGUCCUGCCCAUCUUCCUGCUGUGGAACGUGCAACUCGACUGGCGCGUGAAGUGUUCGGUGAUCGGUAUGCUUGGACUAGGUGUUUUUGCAUCAAUCGCGCCCAUUGUCCGUCUCAAAUUCCUGAUUGGAAUGAACGAUCAGUCCCGCUUCCUGCAAAACCUCGGCGCCAUCCUUGCUUGGGCCUCCGCAGAGAUGAACGUCGGGAUGCUUGUCGCAAACUUGCCCGCUUGCCGUCCUUUACUCGAACGAAUGAUUUCGCGCUUCUCGUCAUGGACCGGUAGUGGGAGUCGCUCCUUCGGUGCUGGAAAGAAGCCGCACGCCCGGGGUACCUCCCGCACGGGAGCCAACGGCACGACAAAACAGUAUCUGGAGCUUGAUGAACGACCGGGCAGUACAACAUUGCAAGGUUACCUGAAGAACGGCCAUAAGACCGGCGGUACGGGGAUAGAGACAAGGAUCUACGGCGAUCUCGACUGUGAAAGCAGUGUCAGUCUUGAUCGAGACGACGGGAGCCAGAAGCACAUCGUCGAUAAGCCGAGCGUUGACGGUUUCCAUGUGAAUGUGCACAAGGAUUUCAAGAUGGAGGUUAGCGGAGGCAAGCAACUGCCCAGGGCGACAGCGCCGGGAGGCAUGGUGUAGUCAAGAAGUCGAGGGAGUUCGUGUUAAAAAUGAUACCCAAAUUAGUUCAGUUAUCAAUAUAGACGCGUACAACACGACGGAGUCGUAUUGACCAUCACAUAGUGGGGAAACUGCUAUGUGAGUGAGUAAAGGCCGUGAUCAGAAGAUAGCGCUGUCAGUAGAAGCUGAG